AUGUGGAUUAUUAACUGGUUUUAUGAUAUCCUUGCCAACCUUGGCCUUCUUAACAAGCAUGCCAAACUACUCUUCCUCGGUCUCGAUAAUGCCGGUAAAACUACACUCCUGCAUAUGUUGAAGAAUGAUCGAGUUGCUCUUAUGCAACCUACCUCGCAUCCAAACAUCUACUACUGGAAUACCACGGCUGACCCCACACUGCGAAUAGCCUCCGAGGAACUAGCCAUCGGUAACAACAGAUUCACCACCUUCGACUUGGGUGGCCAUUUGCAAGCCCGUCGUUUGUGGAGGGACUACUUCCCCGAAGUCAACGGUAUCGUCUUCCUGAUCGACUCGAUGGACGUCGAACGCUUCCCCGAAGCCAAAGCCGAGCUUGACGCUCUUCUCAACAUGGAAGAUCUGGCUAAAGUUCCUUUCCUCGUCCUCGGUAACAAGAUCGAUCACCCUUCAGCCGUCUCUGAGGACCAGUUGAGAUCUGCUUUGGGUCUUUACCAGACUACUGGUAAGGGCAAGGUGCCGUUGGAGGGAAUUAGGCCCAUCGAGCUGUUUAUGUGCAGUGUUGUUAUGAGACAGGGUUACGGCGAGGGUAUCCGAUGGAUGUCUCAAUACGUCUAA